AUGACAUAUAUCUUGGAGGCAGUAGAUUAUAUCUUCAAAUUGGUUGAGGCAAUUGCCUUGCCAAACAAUGAAGCAAGAAGUGUAACCGCCUUUUUGAAGAAGAACAUAUUUACUCGGUUUGGAACCCUAAGGUCCAUCCUCAGUGAUGGUGGUUCUCAUUUUUGCAACAAAGCUUUUGUCGGAUUACUUGGAAAAUAUGGAGUUAAGCACAAGUUGGAUGAUGCAUUGUGGGCCUAUCAAACAACAUUUAAGACACCCAUUGGCACCUCACAUUAUCGAUUGGUUUUUGGUAAAGCUUAUCACUUGCUAGUGGAACUUGAACACAAAGCCAUGUGGGCAUUGAAAAAGUUAAAUCUUGACUGGGCUGAAGCUGCUAAUCUAAGGAUGACACAACUGAAUGAGAUGGAAGAGUUCUGUUUUCAUGCCUAUGAGAAUGCAGCCAUGUAUAAAGAAAGAAUGAAGUUUGUUCAUGACAAGAAGAGUUUGAAGUGGGAAUUCAAAUCCGGUGACUUGGUCUUACUCUUCAACUCAAGAUUGAAGUUCUAUCCGGGAAAACUCAAAUCCAAAUGGUCUGGCCCGUUCAAAGUUGUGAGUGUGUCUCCCUAUGGUGCUAUUGGAUUAGAAUCUGAGUAUGGGACUCGAACUUUCAAAGUAAAUUGCCAAAGGGUCAAGUAUUACCUCGGAACCAAUGGAGAAAGGCAACUGGUAGAACAAUUCGCACUCAAGGAUAGUCCUAUGCCAAUCCCCACCCAUGAUUAG